AUGAGAGAGUUGCUACAGAAUUUUAUUCAUACUUUCUUCAGAAAUCACAACAAAUCUCCUUCUCCUCUGUUUUUGGAAAGCGCCAUAAGGUACCUCAAGCCAUCUAAGGUUGUUACUGUGAAAGAUGACGAGAUAGAGAAUAUGGUCAAGACCAAGUCAUACAGAGCAUACUUGGCAUACAGAAGAAUGAAAAAAAACAGUGUCAUCAAGAUGCUUUGCUAUGUCCUAGCCGAUGUAGCCGAUACUUCUCUUUCGAUUAUGGAGGAACUAAGUAAGAAUGUAAAGAAAGGGGCACUGGGAAUUGAGGUUUCUUACUUCACUGAGUCGGGCCUUUCUGUGCUAAAGGAAAAUGUUGGGACACAUGUAUAUGGAAUUGUCUUCCAGAUCUACCAGAAUGCAUGCAUGUAUAGAAGACUUAGGUCUGAAACAUUUCUAUAUUCCAAGGCACACUCAUACUUCUACGAAAUCGUGAGGGAAGAAUUAGAGAAGUAUGAAAGGUCGGUGAUUGGACAGAGCGAAGAACUUCUUCCAUUCUAUGCAGGCAUGUAUUCACCGUACAUAAGAAUCCAGAUAGUCCACCAACUAAACGAAUGCUUCAGAGACAAUCCUAAGAAGCCUUUUGAAUUUCUUAGAUUCAACUUCCUCUCGAAUCACCCGUUUUACAGUCGAGUCCUGGAAUCAAGCUGCAUCCAUAUCAACAACUGCCUUAGAGAAUUCUUGCUCACAGGGAGCUUUUCCGACGACACCAAUGAGUUCUUUAUAUCCAGAAAGAUGUCUGUGGAUUUGUGGGAAGAGUUUUCCAUUGACUUUGGUCUUAUCCCGUACUUUAUCGGGAAUCGAGUUGCUCAGAAGAUCCUAUAUAUAGGAAAAUGUUCGUCUCUCCUAGGGACGCACAGGGCUGAGAAGACAUUCAGCCAUGAUGUGGCCUGCCAGGCGCGGAUGAACGCUGCUCAGCAGCAAGAUGUCGAGAGCGCAAAAGAUGCCGGCUUGCUUGGAGAGGAUGCAGAGCCCAACUCCAAGCAGAUCAACAUUUUAAAUCCAGAUCUUGAAGAAAAUAUAGACAUAAUGCUCCAUAAGAUCAACAAAAAAAUAGAACAUGUUUUUCUCAACAGCCCAAGUAUACGCAACCAAAUAGAGGGAAUCAAAAACACGUUUUUGUUUGGUAGGUGUGACUUUAUCGAAACACUCUUUCUCUACUUAAAGGAUAGUAGAGAUCUCAGCAAGAAGAGCUUUAGCUACAUUCUGGACCUGGCUAUCAGAAACACUUAUGGAGAUGUAGACGAAUUCACCUCUAAGCUUGGUGUAUACCUUGUAGAUGACGAGAACAAGUACGAGAACUUUGCACUAUUCUGCCAGGUAGACCACCCAGCAAGCAUAAUAGUUACAAAUGAGAGUGUUCUUAAGCUUGUGACUGUAUUCCAAUUUCUCUGGAAGCUGAAGCGAGUCGAGCACCUUCUUUUAAGAGUAUCAAGAAUGGGGAUGCAAAAGAGAGCCCGGAUAAAGAUUAUUUCCUAUACGUCCCUGAUAUACAAAAUAAGCUACUUUGUUUUCGAAGAGGUGAUUGAAAGAAGAUGGAAGUUCUUUUCAGUGUCCAGUGAGAUGCCCCUGAAUGACCUGAGGUUGGGCAUAGGGAGAGUACUAGAUGAAGUCAUAACCAUAUGCCAAAUUGGAAGAGGAAUUGAGCAUCUCCUCGAUGCUAUGAAGAAUCUGUUGAUAGACGUGGGAACAGGCUCCCCUUCAUUUGACGACGCCGAGAUUCAAAGAAAGGUGUCAAGCCUGGUAGAAACAUCUGGAAGUAGUUUUAUUGGGACGUCGCUCUACGAUCUUCAUAAAUAUGUCCAGAGUGAUUUCCAAUAG